CUGGUCCCUGUUAAAUAAACUAAAUACACUGGAAGAGGGUAUGAAUUCUUCCUGUAAUGACCGUGUUCAGCGGAGUUAAACAAGGAAAACAUUAACUGAAACACUCAGGUCCAAGUAAUCCACAGGAUUGACUCAGUUACUGUAAUUAUCAUCUCCAUCAUGGAUUUGUGAGUUUAGUUGAGCAGACGGUGACUCAUUCAUUCAGACACACUCCCACAGAAGACAGACACAGAACAACCACCUACCAAGUGCCAAACCUGGGGCUGGCUUCCCUCCUCUCCACCCAUCUCAUUCUUUCCUACAUGGGCAUUCAGCUCAGAACAGACCCGGCAGUCAGAAGAAGCGAGACAAACGCUCUCGUCAAAGACCAUCAGAAGAGCCAACAAACGAGUCGGAGAAAAUCCGCCGCAAAAAGUUUCCUUUUCGUCUAGCAAGAUUUAAAAGGAUUUAUUCUUUCAAGCAAAGAUGUGAGAUGUUCUGCUGGAUUUACUCCAAAUACAGACAGGCAGAAAAAACUCUGCAAAGGUAUAAAGGUGAAAUGGCGACACCGAAAAACACACCCAGAGGUGGAAACACUCCUCUGUCCCCCAACCGCAUCACUCGGCUCCAGGAGAAGGAGGACCUCUCCAACCUCAAUGACCGUCUGGCCGUUUACAUCGACAAAGUGCGCUAUCUGGAGGCGGAGAACGCAGGCCUGCGUCUGCGCAUCACAGAGUCCGAGACCGAGGUGACCCGGGAGCUGACGGGUCUGAAAGCUGCCUAUGAGACCGAGCUGUCCGACGCCCGUCAGACUCUGGACUCAGUGGCCAAAGAGCGAGCAAGACUCCAGCUGGAGCUGGGCAAAGUGAAGGAGGACCACAAAGAGCUGAAAGCCAGAAACACCAAGAAGGAGUCAGAGCUGACAGCAGCCCUGCAGAGGCUCAGAGACCUGGAGGCUCUUCUGAACUCCAAAGAUGCCUCUCUGACAACCACUCUUGGAGAGAAACGAAACCUGGAUGUGGAGAACCGGGACCUGAAGGGCCAGGUCGCUAAGCUGGAAACCAGUUUGGGUGAUGCCAAGAAGCAGCUACAGGACGAGAUGCUGCGGAGGGUGGAUGGAGAGAACAGGAUCCAGACUCUCAAAGAGGAGCUGGACUUUAAGAAGAACCUUCACUCUGAGGAGCUGCGGGAGAUAAAACGGCGCCAUGAGUCUCGUAUGGUGGAGCUGGAUAAUGGUCACCAGCAAGAGUUUGAGAGCAAGCUGGCUGAAGCUCUGGAUGAAAUGCGCAGCCAAAACGAGCUGCAGAUUAAAAUGUACAAGGAGGAUAUAGAAAAGACCUACAAUGCAAAGCUUGAGAGUGCUCGUCAGUCAGCGGACCGGAGCAGCCACCUGGUCGGAGCUGCACACGAGGAGCUGCAGCAAACUCGGAUUCGCCUGGAGUCCACAUCUGCUCAGCUCAGCCAGCUGCAGAAACAGCUGGCGGCUCGCGAGGCGAAGCUCAGGGAACUGGAGGACGCUCUGUCCCGGGAGCGGGAUACCACCCGCCGCCUGCUGGGAGAAAAGGAUCGGGAGAUGGCAGAGAUGAGGCAGCAGAUGCAGCAGCAGCUGGAUGAGUAUCAGGAGCUCCUGGAUGUGAAGCUGGCUCUAGACAUGGAGAUAUGUGCCUACAGGAAGCUGCUGGAGGGAGAGGAGGAGAGGCUGCGCCUGUCCCCCAGCCCUCCUCCAACCAAAGUGACCGGUAGUCGGUCCUCCACUUCCAUAGCCCACUCUCGAUUGAUCCAUGGGAGCGCUCGCAGCUCCCCUGCAAAGAGGCGCCGCCCCAACGACACUGACAGCGAGGCAUCCAGCUUCGCAGGAGGUGCUGUGGCCCGUACCCGCAUCACCCAGCAGGCCUCAGCCAGCGGCCGGGUCACUGUGGACGAGGUGGACCUGGAGGGGAAGUAUGUCCGACUAAGCAACAAAGCAGAUGAGGAUCAGAAUUUGGGGAACUGGCAGCUGAAGCGGCAGAUUGGAUCCAACUCUCCAAUCAUCUUCAAGUUCCCGGCUAAGUUCACUCUGAAGGCCGGUCACAGAGUCACGAUCUGGGCUUCUAAUGCUGGAGGGGUCCACAGUCCUCCUUCAGACCUGGUGUGGAAGACUCAGGCAUCCUGGGGAACCGGAGACCAGUUCCAGACCACUCUAAUUAGUGCUAAUGGAGAGGAAAUGGCCAUGAGGAAGGUAACUCGCACUCAGUUUGAAGAUGAAGAUGAAGACAUGGUGGCACACAGCACCUGUGCAGACGGCGAGUACAACCUGCGCAGCCGAACUGUCGUCUGCGGCUCCUGUGGACUUCCUUCAGACAAAUCCAGCAACUGCUCUGUGUCAUCUGUGUCCCGCUCGUUCCGCAGUGGAGGGCUCUCCGAAGGAUUAGUGCCGCAUUCAUACGUGUUUAGCACAAGCACGCCUCGGAAGACUGGAUCCAGGAUGGAGAGCUGUCCCAUCAUGUGAACACCACCUUGUCUUUAUUACAUGACUGAGUAGUGUGUAGGAGGUAUUAGCGUUUUACUUCUCUUUCUAUGCUUUUAAACCUUUUUCAGGUUGUAAUAAUUAAGAAAGUUACUUUUCUUCAUGCUCCCAUGCAUACACGAAGAUAUGUUUGGAUUUAACUUCAGUUUUUUAAGCUUCCUGGCAUAUAAGAGAAAACAUUUCUUUUAAUACUUAUUUUUCUAAGUUUGUUAUGCUUUUAUUUUUGAUUCUGGUGCUGGAAUUGUUGUUGCAGUUAAACUCAAUUUGUUUCAUUAUUUUAAAAACAGGUUUUUUUGUUAAAAAGCUACAGAUCUACAGAAAGAUUGUAUUUUCUUUGAUAUCAAUAAAAUGGUUUUAAAAAAUUUA